AUGCCCAACAUCAGCUCUGUGAGCAAGUUCCUCCUGCUGGCAUUUGCAGACUCACGGGAGCUGCAGCUCCUGCACUUCGUGCUCUUCCUGGGCAUCUACCUGGCUGCCCUCCUGGGCAACGGCCUCAUCCUCACCGCCGUAGCCUGCAACCACCACCUCCACACUCCCAUGUACUUCUUCCUCUUCAACCUCGCCAUCCUGGACCUGGGAUCCAUCUCCACCACUCUCCCCAAAGCCAUGGCCAAUUCUCUCUGGAACACUAGGGCCAUCUCCUAUCAAGGAUGUGCUGCACAAAUUCUCUUUUCACUCUUCUUGUUUGGAGCAGAAUAUUGCCUUCUCACCGUCAUGGCCUACGACCGCUACGUUGCCAUCUGCAAGCCCCUGCACUACGGGAGCCUCCUGGGCAGCAGAGCUUGUGCCCAGAUGGCAGCAGCUGCCUGGGGCAGUGGCUUUCUCAGUGCUGUCCUGCACACGGCCACUAC